AUGCUAGUCUACGGUUGCACAUCUCACAUCAUGCUAAGUCAUCAAGCAGAUCCAAUUCUUCAUUCAAUGAUGAAAUAUCUGACUCGUGUCAGGGCUACCAUCCCCCAUUCCCUCCAAGACCAUCUUGAGCAUCUUGAACAGGCAUCAUCUUCGCACAUUCCCCUUUGCAAGACCCUCCUCCAGUAUGGCAAGGAUGGAUAUGUGCUGGCAAGAGUCACCCAAGUUGUGUCUAGCUCACACUACUAUGCUCACCUCUUGAUGACCCUUGACCUACAGGGGAGCACUGUAAACCUGGGCUGGCAGGCCGACCACUUUGCUAUGAAACUCAACUUCUAUUUUGCAAAAGCUGAAAACAGGAUUGAGGUCUUGUAUCCCAGUGUGGGAUCAUUGUGUGCAGUCAAGCGGGGCAAGACAGAAGAUUUUGUGAGAGCCAAGGUGCUGGCAGUUGGGAAGGUGGAUCUCCCAUCAAGUACCAGGGUCAAGCUCUUCCUUAUUGAUGAUGGCACCAUUGAGAAUAGAUGGGUUUCUGAACUGUACUCCCUGCCAACUAAAUUCACAAUAGUUCCUCCAUUGGCUGUGUCCAUUCAUCCAUGCAAUAUCUCCCCUCUGGACAAAGACUGUGAUUGGACCCCUGCAGCUGAUACACUGGCUGGUGAGAGCCUUCUCCAACACCUCAUUCUUGGCAAGAUGAGACUGUGCAUUUCAAGUGAGAUGUGGCUCCAUCCACUCAAGAUCUGUCUGUCAGACAGUGAAACAAAGAUUGAGGAACAUGUGAGGCAGAUGGGUAUAUUCUCUGAUCUUCCCCAACUCCUUAUAUCUCAGCAGCUUGCAAAUGAGAGUUCAAGCCACUUGUCAACUAUUUGUGAUCUGGCCUCAGCUGCUGGCAUUCCAAUGCCUCCUUCAGGACCUGAGAAGGAGAAGCAGUUUGCAACGUAUGAACAGGCAUUUUUAGACCCCUACAUGAUGUAUCAUGAGGUCUACCUUACUGAAGUGGUUUCUCUUAAUUGCUUUUAUGUCAACAGGGCCGAUCUAUUCAAACUGGUAUUGAACAUGGAGGAUGACCUCCAGAAGGAGGCUAGUAAGUGGAGGAAGGAGAAAUUGAAGAAGACCAUUCAGAUUGGGCAGCCCUGUGCAGUUUUCACCCCACAAGAUGGUGAAGAAGGAAGGUGGUAUCGAGGGAGGGUGAGGGAAAUGGCUGAGGAUAUUUGUCAUGUUUUUAUGGUGGAUUUUGGAUCUCCUGCUUCCUGUCCAUUGGAAGAUGUGGUGCCUUUACCUUCCAAUUUUGUCACUCGUCUUCCUGCCCAGGCCAUUGAGUGUCAAUUAGCACAUGUGGAGGUGAAGGAUGGCAGAGAUGAAGAUGCUCGGGAUUUAUUGUGGAGCAUGGCUCAGGAAGGAGACCUGCAGAUGAAGUUUACCCUCAAGGUUUUGGAGAAGAAUAUCAAGUCUAAUACAGGUAUGCCUAGUUAUGUAGUUGAGGUGUUUUUUGAAGAAGCACCUGAAGCACGUUCCAUCUGCAAGGAGUUUGUGAACAGAGGUCUGGUUGAGUACACAGAUGCUGGGCCAGGGACUCCCCCAUUGAUGGAAACAGGUCUGGACUCAGACACAGACAAUGUACUUGAAGCAAGAAGCACAUCUGAAUAUGAGGGGGAUGAAUCCAGUGUGUGUGAAGAGCAGUCAUUGGAGAAUAUCCAUCAGAAUGACACCACUGACUACACCCAAUCCAUUUCCAUGACUGAUGAUCUUGAUCUUAGGAUGAUCAACUCAAAGGAAAUAGAUGUGGAUGAACUCUUUGUCACAAAUUUUAUGGAGAAAUUCUGUGGAAAAAAAACAGAUAAAAAGCAUGUGAAGGCCUUGCCUGCACCAGAACCAAAUGUGUGCAAACUAGAAAAAUGUGGGACUGUGAAAGAGUUGAAGAAGGCAACUGAUUUGAAGACAGAGACGAGGAAUUUGGUUCAGCCUAUUCCCAUGCGAAGGGUAUCUCGUCCUCCAGGCAUUCCACCUCUGGGAAUCAUCAAGAAUUCCCCUUCAGACUACUGUCAGUCACCAAGAGUAACAUGGGGUCAGGAUCGAUGUCAUUUGUAUAUGCAAUUUGAUCUCCCUGUUGUGGACUUCCACCUCAUCAUCAAGACUCAGGCAAUAGCAUUCAGGGCAAUAUAUGAAGAUAACUUUUAUGAGGCUGAGCUGAAGCUGUUUGGAUUCAUUGAUCCCCAAGGAUCCAAAGUGGAAGCCCAUGGCCGUUGCAUCCAGCUCAAAACACCUAAACUCAGAUGUGGUGUGAGAUGGCCUAAUCUUGUGAAGGGUCCCAGGAAGCCAGGUUUUUUGCACCCAGAUCCAAAUUUGGGAGAUCUCAGUGAUUCUGAGAGUGAUGGAUUGGAAGACCUUCCUGAAAUCUCUCCUGAAGAAUGUCAACGCCUUGAUGCCACAGUAAAGCUUCCAGAUUUUGAUCAGAGGGCUGGUGAUACUCUGAAGCUUCAGAAUAUUGGACCUGAUUUCUCCUCUGAUGAAGAUAGACCCAGUGAGGGAGCAUCUUCAGAUGAGGAUCUUCGAGAUGAAGGCCAUGAAGGAGAAUUUGAAUGUGCAUUACACCUGGAGGAGAAUCACAAACUAGUGAACUUCAUGGUACGGUGGAAGGAUGACACAUGGUAUGCCAAAGUGCACAACAAGAAGCGUGGUUCCAAACUUCAAGUCCUGGCUUUAUUGGGAAAGAAGGAAAAGAGCCUCAAGCCCAUCACCAUCCUGAGUGAUAUAAAUGAUGUUCCUCAUGCUCUUGCUUUUGGGGCUCAUGAUGACUUCCUUGCAGGAAUCAGUGGAAAGCGACUCUGUCUUCAUUCUUUCAAAACUCAGGACAAGAGAUUUUACUUCUCUGGUGACUUUGACUUGACAUGCAUUGCAUGCCAUCCAUACCAGCCAGUGGUGGCUACUGGGAAUACCCUGGGUCGCAUUAUCAUCUGGAAUGACAUCUGGGAACAGCACUAUGUUCGCUAUUAUGUUCACUGGCAUCAUCUUCCUGUCAGCGAUCUUGCCUUCUCAGUUGAUGGUACUUUCCUGGUCAGUGGUGGAGCUGAAAAUGUCCUGGUAAGAUGGCGGCUGGAGGAUGAGACAAAAGAAUUCAUCCCAAGAAUGGGGAGCCCUAUUGUCCAUAUUACUGUGGCACCUGACAAUGCCUUCAUUGCUAUUGCACAUGAACUCAAUGCUGUGACACUGGUGAGUGGGAAUCUGACUGUGGUGGGGAAGAUCCAGGGGCUUUUACAACGAGUACAUUGGUCAGAAGAGCAGCCUUGUGUCAAACCUAUGGCAGUUGGAUUGAGGUCAGACCCCAGGUCUCGGUCUCUGGUUCUCAAUGGCAUCCCUGGUCAUCUCCUCUUUUAUUCUCCUGAGCUCCAAAAAUGUCUCUUUCAUUUGGAUGUGACAGGAGUGAAUCAGCUGAACAAGCAGGAAGGAGCACUGAUCAUCAAUUCCGAGGUAGAGCAUGCAUGUUUUUCAGAUGAUGGAUCUCACCUAGCCACUGUAGAGCGACGGGAUGAUGGUCACAACACUCCUGAGAUUCGACUUAAAUUCUGGCUCUUCCGUCCCCAUGUUGGCACAUAUGAGAUGAGCACACAGAUUGAAUAUCCCCAUUGGAAGCCAAUGCUGGCCUUGGCAUUUUCAGGAGGAAAUAAUCCAGAAUCAUGUGCAAGCAUCAGUCAAGAUGGCUUUGUCAAGCUUUGGCUUCAUGAGAUAGAAUCAGUUGAAGGAGAAGAGGGAGAGUAUUGGACAUAUGGCCCAAAGGCAUCAUAUUGUGAUUGCAUCCCAACGUGUCUGUCAUACAGUGAUGAUGAGAGUCUGUUGGCUGUUGGUUUUGGCUCAGUUAUCUCUCUGUUCCAUACUCCCAGUCUUGAGAGGCUAGCCUGCCUCUCUGAAUCCCUGGAGCUUGUUCAGGUGGAGGAGGAGGGACCCAAGAAGGUUGAGAAGCUGCAAAAUAGAGAAGUUGAAUUAAUGGAGUUGGACACAGAAGACAAGGGAGAGGUGAUAAGGAGUGGGAGGAGGGAAGAGGUCAACUUGAAAGAAGAGGAUGAUGCGGUGGAUACAGGCAUAGCAGUGAAAGUAGUUGAAUCCAUCCUCAUAACUGCUGAGGUAUAA